UUGCGUCAUCUCCCUGCGCCGCCGCAGGAAGUUCGGGCUCUGUGAUGGUGGCGCUCGGCCGGGAGUUGAGGGGCUCGGCGGUGGCAAGGAGUGAGCGAUGACCCGGCUUCUGGGCGUGGUGCACAGAGUGGCUUUGGCGUUUGUGGGCUGCCGCAGUCUUGCCAUGUUCUAUGCCGUGAGGAGAGGCCGCAAGGCCGGGGUCUUCCUGACCUGGGAUGAAUGCAGAGCACAGGUGGACCGGUUUCCUGCAGCCAGAUUUAAGAAGUUCACCACAGAGGAGGAAGCCUGGGCCUUUGUCAGAAGGUCUGCAAGCCCCAGUGAUUCAGAAGACUGUCUUUCAGGGCAAAAAACUAAACACGUAGAACCACCACAAGUGAAAGCAAGCAAGCGACUCCGUGAGCCCUUGGAUGAGGAUGAAAAUGCAGAGGCGUGUGCAAAGCACGUGCGGCAGAGCACAGAGCCACCACCGCCAGUUAGCAAAGACACCUUUUCUUACAUGGGGGACUCUGUGGUCGUCUACACUGACGGCUGCUGCUCCAGUAACGGGCGCAAGAGGGCUCGCGCAGGAAUCGGCGUGUACUGGGGGCCAGGCCAUCCCUUAAAUGUAGGAAUUAGACUUCCUGGGCGACAAACAAACCAAAGGGCGGAGAUUCAUGCAGCCUGCAAAGCCAUCGAGCAAGCUAAGGCUCAGAACAUCACUAAGCUGGUUCUCUACACGGACAGCAUGUUUACCAUCAAUGGCAUCACCACCUGGGUGAAGGGCUGGAAGCAGAACGGCUGGAGGACCAGCACCGGGAAGGAGGUGACCAACAAGGAGGACUUCGUGGAGCUGGAGCGGCUGGCGCGGGGCAUGGACAUUGAGUGGAUGCACGUUCCUGGCCAUUCGGGGUUUAGAGGCAACGAAGAGGCGGACAGACUAGCAAGAGAAGGCGCGAAGCAGCCCGCAGACUGAGCCUGGAAACCCUAAGAUACCGUUACCAUUAUGACGAUGCUGCAAGUGAACACCCUUGUGACCGCCCGGCCCGGCGCCUCCACGCACAGCGCCCGCCCCCCAGAACCAACCCCGCUGCUACAGAAGUCACUGCCUGCUUUUCUCCGUGGCAGUUUAGUCUGCUGAUUUCUUCCCUUGACGUUUCUCUUAAUUUCCUUUUAAUUGGAGGCUGAUUGCUUUACCGCACUGUUGGUUUCUGCUUCAUAACAGCAGGGAUCCGUGUCAGUGUAUGUAUGUCCCCUCCCUCUUGAACCUCCCCCACCCCCUGACCUGACAUUUUUUAAGUCUCUUUAAUUCACAGGUUCUGCCUCAAUCCAUUGGUCUCCCUACAGUUUAUCUGUGGAAGAGCCUGAGCAAUCUGCCCUGCCGGUUCCCACUUUGAGAUCUGUUACUCGCCAUCUUGGUCCAUCCAGCGUGUUCUCCCGUCUCCGUUGCCUGCAGGUUGGCAGUGGGGUCCGGAGGCUCGGUUGCUCCGGCCCCUCCCGCGGGCGUGAGUGUCCUGGGCGCUCAUCAAAAGGCAGCCACGGCUUCGUCCUUCCUGCGUGGGCAGCUGCCGGCGCUCAGGGCCUGGGUCUGUUAAGUCACGCUGGUGGCAGAAGGCUGAUACCCUCCCAUCCUGCUUGUUUAUUAGCUGGAAUGGUUUCAGAGGCUCCUUCCCCUCAUCAGUUUUGGUUCCAGGGGGUAGAGGUCACAUACGAAAGGCAGAAUAAGUGCUAAGAUUAGCUCCCUGUCAUCCUGAGAAGGUGACCAAUUAGGGGUUUUUCUUUAUGUGUUUUUAUAACACGUAAAGAUAUGUAUAGCUCAUGAACUCACGUACUUGAGCCUUCCUGGUGGACUUCAGCCCGUGGCAGCCAGCCUGCAGCUGCUCUUUCCUGUGGGAGGAGCCUCUGGCCUGUGGGAGGAGCCUUCCAGCUGGCUCUUGAUGGCUCUUUAUGUUCACGUGUGUACAUUGCCUGCUUGUCCGUCUCCAGCUGCCAUGUGAGUUUCCUGUUUGGGGGAGAUUUUACGUUUUUAUGUCUGUAACAAGGGCCUCAGUUGCGCCUGUGUCCCCUCUGGGGUUUAGAUGUGUCCUGUCACAUCCCAGCACCGGGCAGGCCCUGCCAGCGUCUCCCGGAUUAGGGUCGUGGGGCUGAGGAACCCGGGGCAGUCAGUCCAGGCACCACUGCAGCUCAGCGGCUUCAGGAUGCCCAUUUAGGUUUCAGCAUCUCGGAAAUCAGGCUCUUAUGGUCAGGGAUGUGUCGCUCUUUAGCAGUAUUUUCACUCCUCAAGGCCUGAGAAUUGGCUGCAUUAUUUUGGUGGGGUGGGGGGCAGGGGUGGUCUUAAUUUGUUGGAGUAGGCAACUCGAUCCACAGGCAGGGUCUUAGGUCUGGGGCGUUGAGAUCUUGCCACGGCCCAGCCUGUCCUGAGUUUGGAGGGGCUUCAAGUAGAAAACAGACCCACCUUCUGCAUGUCUCCUGGAGGGCAGGGGGUGCUGAGAGCCCAGGCCGAGGCCGUUGGUUGGCAUCUGGGAAGGGUGGUGGGGCUGGCAGACAGGACACGCAGGAAGACUACCCCCACUAGGGACAAGAUGAGACGGAGCAGGGGGGGGGGCACUCCCUGGACAAGCCCAUCCAGUCGCCAGGGCCCAGCUGGAGGACGCCGCACUGCAUGCGAGCGUGGGGGGGUUCAAGGGGCUGAGUUGCACCCCCAGCACAGGCUGUGGCUGGCUUUGGAUGUUGAGCCUUUCCUGAGGUGGUUGCAUUAAAAUGAGGCUGUUUGGGUGGCCCUAGUCCACUCAGGACCCCAGGGACACCUGCAGGGGGAGGGCCACGUGAGGACACGCGGGAAGGAGGCCGUCUGCAGAGCAAGGAGAGAGGCCUCCGGGAAGCCAGCUCUCUGACAUGGUCAUCUUCGAGCGCAGCUCCAGGACCAAAAGGACAAAAUUCUGUCUCAGCCCCAAGGCUGCAGUGUGUUGCUCUGGACGCCUGAGCAGACAGGACAGUUCUAUAUGUGGAAAUUUGGAAGGUUUCUGACUAGAAAUGGUGACCACAAGCUGCAGGGUCACGGUGACUACUAAAGACUUUCAAGGUUGUUGGCUGA